UGGGAGGAGUCAACUACGCCAGACGGAGCCCGACGGCGCAUGAGGAGCCGGACGAGCGGGACUCCUCCUGGGAGGAGCUGCCGACGCCGCCCCGCUCGCCGCCGCCGCCCCUGCCCGCCGGCACCGGCUGGAGCCCGGGCACCGCCGGGACUGCCCGCAGACGGGCAAUGUUAGGCGCGGGGGGCAGCGCGGCGGCGGCCAGGGGGGCCAAGCCGUCCUUCGUCUCCUAUAUCAGCCCUGAGGAAGUACACUUAAAAGAUCCCAUUGAAAAAGAAGUAAAGCCCCAUUUGUUACCAGGUGAAGUGCUGCUUUGUGAAGCAGACAUGGUUUUGAAGUGUGUACAAGAUGAUGGAUCAAAUCGUGGCGCAUACGGGAAACUUAUUUGCACAAAUUUUAAGAUCUCAUUCCUUGGUUAUUGUGCUUUAGAAGAGGAACCACAGUUUAAGAAUAAAGUCAUUGGGGAAAAUGACAUCACUCUUCAAUGUGUAGACCAGCUCUAUGGAAUUUAUGAUGACAGAAGAAAACCUUUAUUCAACCAGCUGAGAAGAUACCCGGAGAAAAUAAUAAUCUACUGCAAAGACCUGAGAGUGUUUCACUUCUGCUUGAGGUACACAAAGGAGGAAGAAGUGAAAAGGAUUGUCAGUGGCAUAGUUCAUCAGACACAGACGCCGAAGCUAUUUAAACGCUUGUUUCUGUUCUCUUACGUGGCAGCUGCACCAAAAGAUACAGAAUUAAAAAACCAAACAGUGAUGUUUGACACUGUUACAGACUGGCGUCAAGAGUUGGAACGCACCAAAGGAAACCUGAAAUUCAAAGCAGUGAGUGCCAACCAAGACUACAAAGUCUCUAAAAAGUUACCACCCUACUUUGUUGUUCCCAUGGCUGUCUCUGAAGAGAGUCUUCUGCAGUAUCAAGGAAAAGGAGUGCCCAUCUGGUGCUGGUCUUGCCAUAAUGGUGCUUCUCUUCUCAAAAUGUCGUCUUUCCCGAAAGAACAAGAUGACAGCACUUCACAGAUGCAGAAAAUCUUCUUGGAAGGAAUGUACAAGACAGUUCAUAAGCCACCUUAUGAAGCCAUGAAAAUUGAUGACCUUCCAAGCAGUCUUCCAUCUCUACAAGAUAUCCAAACAGCAUAUACUAGAUUUAAACAGCUAUUUCUUGUAGAUAAUAGUUCCGAUUUCUGGGAUACUGAUGUUAAAUGGUUUUCAUUACUGGAAAGUACAAAUUGGCAAGAAAUCACAAGACGGUAUCUGAGAAAAGCAAUUGAGGUUAUAGACUGGCUGGAAGCACAGAAUACAAAUGUUCUCCUCGUGGAGGAGAACACUUCAGACAUGUGCUGCGUGAUCGCCAGCCUGGUUCAAAUUAUGAUGGAUCCGUUCUGCAGGACAAAGCUGGGAUUUCAGAGCCUCGUUCAGAAAGAAUGGAUAAUGGGAGGACAUCCUUUUUUGAAUCGAUGCAACCAUCUUCAUCAGACUGAAAAAGAAGAGGCCCCAGUUUUCUUGCUCUUCUUGGAUUGCGUCUGGCAGCUAGUUCAGCAGUAUCCACCAGCAUUUGAGUUCACGGAGACUUAUUUAACCGUCUUGUCGGAUUGCUUGUACAUACCUAUAUUUAGCACUUUCUUCUUCAAUUGUCAACAUCAACAAGAUACUGCUGCGACCUGUGGAAGCUGCGAUGCAGAAAGCGGUCCUCUUAGUUUCCUUUCUGUUUGGUACUGGUCUGUGCAAUUUGAACCUGAAGCACUAGCUUUCCUGAAUAACCCUCUUUAUGCAGAAAAAUCAAAAUCAGAUAAAAUGCAGAGGAAAAUCACAAAAUUCAAGCAUCAACGGCAACUUUCUUUGCCACUAACACAAAGCAAACCAGCUCCAAAAAGAGGGUUUUUUAAGGAAGAAACUGAUCAAUUAAUUAAAAACAUUCUGGGCAAAAGAAUCAGCAGGCUGAUUACUUCGUCAGAUGAGCUUCAAAGUACCUCCAGGGAGUUCUACGACAGCUGGCACUAUAAACCUGUUGACUUCCACGGGAUCCUCCUGCCCCGCUUGGAAGGGCCAGCAAUCAGAGUGUGGGCACAGAGGUAUUUACGCUGGAUCCCAGAAGCUCAGCUCCCUGGUGGCGGCACCAUUGCCACUGCAUCUACAGUCUUGGAUACAAUUCAAGAUGUGCAGAGCUUGCAGAAGAAAGUGGAUGAGAAACGCAAUCAAGUUGUGUCUUUGGAGAUGGAAAAGUCUCCCUUGACGAGAAAUCCUGCUCGCCUGUCAUCCUUAUUUCCAUUUGCUCUGCUUCAAAGACAUUCCUUCAAGCCAGUCUUACCUACGAGUACUUGGAAGGAUUUGGGAAGUGAGGAAGACUUGGCCAGCAGAGACGAUGACUUUGUUGAAACAAAUGAUGCUUGACAUGAAUCUAGGCGUGUGUUGUUUUUUUAACCCCUCCCAAAUAAGAGUACUGACACUUUUCAGUCUACGAGCUGUCAAAAUUUGACUUCCAGUGGUGGUCUUUCCCUUCAGGCUAAAGCUGCCCUGCAAAUUUUUAGCGCUGGAACGUUUUCUUUUAGAAACUCCAAUACUUUUCUUGAUUAGUUUAAAUAUAACAUAGUUAAAUUGAAAUUCCUUACAGUAGGAAUGGGAGGUCUCUUUUGCCCAUCACAAGUCUAUACUCCCUUCGUAUGUAAUAUCCUCCUGCCUUUGGUAUGUGACUCCUGGUCCCUCACUUCCAGACACAGGAAAGGGUAGAACAUGAAGAUGCCAGAAGAUUGAUUCUAAACGGCACAUGCUGCUCGCUUCGGUUCUUCCUUAGGAAUGCCUUCAAGGUUCCUUGUAGCUUGCACUGAGUCUCUUGAGUUGUCCUGUUGGGGGCAGCUGAAGAGGUAUACCGAGCAUGAAACUGAAUUUGUUACUUCGUACUACUGCUGUUGUAAACACGGUUGUUGUAGCCAAUGAUGAAUGUAAGAAGUUUGUGCAUUGGAAUUAGGCUGCUGGGUGUCCCAACAGUACCUCAGUCUUAUAAAAGCCAUAUGAGAGUUGCCUGUUGAAUGCCUUUGGGUUUUGCAUGUGCAAAGGAGAUAUAAUCGUACCCAGCGACUUCUGUGAGAAAUUAGUGGGUGGCCCAAAUGUAAUUAAAUCCAGAAAUAGCCCACAAAAGUCCAAUUGACUUGGACCACGUUUUCUUUGGGGAAGGUGUGCAACAACCUGUUGUCUCCCUUGAUGCUGCAGGGGCAAGACUUUUGAUUUAUCUCUGUUAUAUCCCUUGUGCUUGCUUUAAUUUGAAUUUCUUGAGAGCAAAAACUUAACCUUCUGGCAUGAGAUGAGUUUCUAACAGUGUAGGUAAGUUGCCAUUCUUGAAUGCCAAAUGGGAACUUCUCACAUCCAUGAUGCCUUAUAAAUCAUACUACUUUGGGCUCCCUGAGCUGUCUGUCCUUUUUGUAAAUUGACUGCCUUAAAGCUAGAAUUGCACAGUUUCCCUUGAAAGGUCUUCAAUAUUUUGCAAUAAUAGCUGUUCUGUGGUUAACAUAGGCCGUGUAUCUCUUAUCGAUUAUGGUUAAUUUAAAAACACUAACGUUUGAGAUUGUAAUUUUCUUAAAUAAGGUUUUUGACAGCCAAAACAGUUGUAAUAUAUUGAUAACGGAAACAUAUUUAUCAGAGCUGUCGUAUCUUGGGUUUAUAGGAAUCUUUCAAAUGACUAUGUAUAUAUGGAGGAAUUUUUAUAAUGGUUCGUAGAAUCACUUCACUUUAAUGAGAAAGGGCACACGAUUGAUAAAUGUCCAGAACAUGGCACUAUGGGGUUGAAAACAGAUUUAACCUACGAAAGCAAUUCCUCCCCAAAGGUAUUGUCAUCUUUCCUCCAGUUUUUACACUGAAUGCAGACUUGUAGCUUUAACAGUACUUUUUAAAGAAAACUCUAAUGACUAGGUUAUUUAGGCAAAUGGAUUUGUUUAAUAAAAUGUACCUUUUACUGUUUAA